ACGCCGUUCUGAAGUGAAAGAAAAAUUUGAUUUUAAUUUUUACGUCAACAAGUAACUACCUAAAUAGUGUGUUACGUGAAAAUUGAAAGUUUUUCUGUGUUCCUGUGCCCUUGAGCGAGCAGUGUGUUCCCGGUUUUUGGAAAGUGUCCUAAUUUAUCAAUAAUUGUUAGCCUCUGUAUUAAUAAAAUGGAAGAAGUCACUUCGAUAAAAGAAGAACAGUGCGAUAUGUUGGAAGUGGAAGAGCCUGCUGCGAUAAAAGUGGAAGAGGUUAUGAUAUCGGACGUUCUGGAGCCGGGAGUUGAUCCAUCGAUUAGUGUUAAUGAUGCCCAUUCCGAUAAAACGACGGCAGUAACGGCCCAAGCCCAAGCUUUGCUAUGUGGCGCAGGUAGUGCUGUUAAGCUAGAACCCAGCUUAGAAGCCACCAUCGGCGAUCAAGUGGAAGAGUUUGUCAGCGAGGAGAAUGCGGCGCCGCCGGCGCCGGCGACUAAUGAUGAAGCUCCAGCUGCUUCCAGUUCGAGCAACUACUGGUGGCACGCUGAUCCUACUGGCGACAGUCGGUCGAAACACAUUUGCAAUAUCUGCGGUAAUGGAUAUAAGACCAAAUACAUUCUUGCGAAGCAUAGGAAAGUUCACACCGCAACGCAAUCUUUCGGAUGUGACAUAUGCGGUCAACUUUGUACCCCGAGAACACUACGGCGGCAUAAAAUUAUAAAUCACACGGUGGAAAAAAAUUUUGCCUGUAACGUAUGCGGCACUGACUUCCAUAUGAAAGACCAGCUAACGAGGCACUUGAGACUGCACAGCUCGGAACGCCCCCACCGGUGUCCGGUUUGUGGAAAAGAUUUUCGAGUUCCGUACAGGCUCGCACUGCAUAUGCAGUAUCACAGCGCGGAGCGACCGUUCGAAUGUGACAUUUGCGGCAACUGCUUCAAGUCAAAGAGUAAUUUACUUUGUCACAAGAACCGCUACUGUCAUAAGGAAGUCCAGUCAUCCGUUAAGCCAACACCGUACAAAUGUGACCAGUGUGGUUCUGGAUACGCUCAUAGAAGUAGUCUUAAUUUUCACAAAAAGACAAGCCAUGUAUGA